CGUGGCAAAACCAAAGUAAAAUGCAUUUGACAUAAAUUUCGUUGAUGGGUAAUCUGUGUACUUCAUAUUUUAUCCAUUCGUCUAUAACAAUCAAUGGGAAAAGGUACACGAUUGUGAAAGAUAUUGGUGAAGGAGCAUUUUCCUAUGUGCAAUGUUUGCGUGAUAACAGGAGAAAGCUGUAUGCUCUGAAAAGAGUUCGACUUCAACUUCCUGAACAAGAAGAGGCUUUUACAAGAGAAGUUAAUGCUCAUAAUUCAGUCAGUCAUCCAAAUGUGUUGCAACUUAUCGAGUCAGAGGUGUUGCAUCAUAAAGGAGAGAAAGAAGGAAGAAUGCUUUUUCCGUAUUACAAGGAGGGAAGUGUUCAAGAUAUGAUCGAAAAUGCUUUUGGACGAUACUAUCUUCCUGAACUUGAUAUUUUACAUUUGUUCAAAUCAUUAUGUGAUGCCGUUCUUGCAUUUCAUGAAUGUGAACCACCUUUAGCACAUAGAGACAUCAAGCCUCAUAACUUGCUGGUAUUGUCAAAAACUUCGGUUAUAUUAAUGGAUCUUGGCAGUGUUGAUAGAGCAAAACAUAUCAUCACAUCAAGGCAAGAAGCCCUCGCUCUUCAAGAUAAAUGUGCACAGGAAUGCACUGCUGCGUACAGGGCCCCAGAGUUAUUUGACGUGCAAUCUGACUGUGUGAUUGAUGUAAAAACAGAUGUUUGGUCUCUUGGGUGUACAUUAUACGCGAUGGCAUAUGGAAGCAGUCCUUUCAACGGCACAGCAACGGCAGCUUUAAGUGGACAAAUCAAAAUUCCUUCAGACAGUUACUACUCAAUGGAUUUAAAUAAUUUGAUUGUAAGCAUGAUAAAAGUUGAACCGAAGGAGAGACCAACAGUGCGAGGAAUUUUACAACGUUUAGAAAACCUUGCCCCGUCAUCUACGGAAAUCACAGACUUAAUCGACGAUAAUCAAUUUCAAAUGACGAGGACUUAAUUAAUAAUUAAAUACAAUGAUACAACAAAGUACGUACUAAUUAGUUAACUAUUGACAUUGCAUUAUACAUACAGUCAUAACAUCGAAUCUUCUUUGCAGCCUGUUUCGGGGGCGAUGAUUCUCGGACAGGUAAUUUCGCCAAAUUUUAUCCAAUAAUUACGAAAGAAUUUGUAAUAUAGUGAACACAUUAAUAAUGUUAACACUGAUUCAGGUUUCAUGCUAAUAUAUUCAGUAUUUACAACCCAAACCAUAAAAAAGGUGUGAGAUCU